CGUGCGAAGCUUUCGAGCUACGGGGCCCUGCUCAAAAACCGCAAUUUAGUAACGUCACAUGAUCUUUUUCUUUUCCAGAGAGAGGCUGUGGGCAAAUCUCAGAGAUAAGCAAUGUAAAUAACAUUUGACCUUCCAGAAUACGCAGUUGUGAACAGUCACGAUAGCUGACGCCAAUAUCGAUUCGGGGAGACUGGCUACUAGGCAGUGACAAAGCAGAAAACCUCACGCUCAGUGGCAGGCAAGAAAGAACAAGUAAGGAGCGGAUGCUGGCAAACAUUUCUCUUGUACUAAACUUGUAGGAAAACAACCUCCUCUGGUUUGCACUCCAAUUCCUGUCAGGAUGUCUUGCUGCAACUCCACCCCAGACAACACUAUCAUAGAUGAUGUGAAGGAAUACUAUGGCAAACGCUUGAAGCAGUCAGCAGACCUCCAAACUGGUGCCUGCACCACUGGCAGUGCACCACCAAAAUAUGUCCGGGAAACACUCGGUCUUAUCCAUGAAGAGGUGGUAUCCAGGUACUAUGGAUGUGGUCUUGUGAUCCCACAGUGUUUGACUGACAUGAAGGUUUUGGACCUUGGUAGUGGCUCAGGACGGGAUGUCUAUGCUCUCAGCAAGCUAGUGGGAAAGAAUGGCCAUGUGACUGGAGUAGACAUGACAGAUGAACAGCUAGAAGUUGCUAGAAAGUACGUCACUUAUCAUGCAGAGAAAUUUGGCUAUGAGAAACCCAAUGUCGCAUUUGUCCAAGGCUACAUUGAAAAACUGCUUGAGUUGGGAAUUCCAGAGGGAACCUUUGACAUCAUAGUCUCCAAUUGUGUGGUGAAUUUAUCACCUGAUAAAAAAGCAGUUCUCCAGGGAGCAUACUCAUUACUGAAGGAAGGUGGAGAACUCUACUUCAGUGAUGUGUAUGCAGACAGCAACCUACCAGACACAAUUCGAAAGCACAAGGUGUUAUGGGGUGAAUGUAUAGCUGGUGCCCUCUGGUGGCAGGAUCUAGUGAAGAUAGCAGAAGAAGUUGGUUUUACCACAACACGUCUUGUACAUGCCACACCCUUGCCCAUUAACAAUGAUGAAUUGCAGAAAAUUGUCGAGGGUCACCAGUUUGUGUCUGCUGAGUAUCGUCUGUUCAAGCUUCCAGCCAAGCCCAGCAGUCCAUGCCAGGUUAUAUAUAAGGGUGGUGUGUUAGGAAGUGAAGAGACUUUCCAGUUGGACUACAGAAGACAGUUCAAGAAAAAUGAACCUGUGACUGUGGAUGAACAGACUGCAAGCAUUCUUCAGAACACAAGAUUUGCAGAUUGGUUCAGUUUUCAACCCCUACCUGACAACCAGACGCAGGAAAUGGACAAGGAGAACUGUCUGGACCCAUUUCUCUAUAUCUCUACCAAGGGUGUCAAGGCACCUAGUGGUGGGUGCUGUGGGCCUUCCAAGAAGAGUGACAAAUGUGCAGAGGUCAAAAAAUGCUGUUGAACUCCUUAUACAGAAUACAAGUUCUGGAUUUGCUCCUGCAUAAUAGAUGUCAAACAAAUGUUCCACAUAUUCUGAUUUGGCUUUGAAAAGUGUGAAAUAUUUCUGAUAAUUUUUGCUAGAUUAACAUUGAUUUUGUUAAAAAAAAAAUUGACAUGCACUAAAGUUAAUAAUGUGCAAAGAGGAUUGGAGAUGCAAAUCACAUGACUCGUAUCGUCCGUAAAUUUGAACUGAACAACAACAACGACACUGGCUUUAAAAUCAAAUAGCGACUGUAAUACUCUUUACAGAGAGAAAAUAAGCAAAUUGACAUUUAGAGUCCGUAAACACGCAUACUGACUCCAUUGAAAAAACCAUUAUGGUUUUAAUGGCGUAAUACAAAUUGUACUUUUAUAAUAAAGAAAUCAUUGAAAUCGGAAAGAAAAUGCA